AUGACAGCGAGAAGUGAAAUUGAACACAGAAAUUUGUACUACAAGCGUCGAGCCUCGUGUUCUGGGCUAUACGGUGCAAAAUAUUCGAGAGAUGAGGAGAGUGGAAAGGUAAACACUGGGGAUUUUUCUCGGUUUUUGACCGAAAAUCCGCGUUUUUUGACACCCCACACGUCUAGGGUUACUGUAGAGCGAUUUUUGGCGCGAAAUUCAAAUUUUUCCACAAAAUUCGGCGCCGAAAGACACCCCACAAGCCUGGGUUUUGAAAAAAUUUGAAUUUCCCGGGCAAAUUUUCAGCGGGAAAUUCAAAUUUUCUCAAAACCCAGGCUUGUGGGGUGUCUUUCGAAGCGAAAUUUUAUGAAAUUUGAAUUUUUGAAUUUUGGCGGGAAAAAAAUCAAUAAUUUUCAGGAACGCGCCGCCAGUUCAGCAACUUUGGACGAAUCUUCCUCUACAUCCACAGCAACACCUCAAAAAACACCGUACGGAAAUCGAAGGGUGAAAUCCACAAGUGUUUGUGUGGGAACACUACAAUUGGUGAGUUGAACUGUGUACUACGACACUCCGCUUUUACGUUGCGAAAAUUGGAAAUUUGAGCGGGAAAUUUGAAUUUUUCAUGAAAAACUGGUCUGGGAAGGUGUUUUUGUGGAAAAAAAACAACGACACUCCGGGUUUACAGAAAGAAAUUUAAGCGGGAAAUUUGGAAAAUUCAAAAUAAUUAAAUUUCAAACGAUACUCCGCAUUUCCACCAUCAAAUUUGAGCGGGAAAUUCGAAAAAUUCAAAAAAAUUAAAUUUUAAACGACACUCCGCAUUUACACCUUGAAAUUUAAGCGGGAAAUUUGGAAAAUUCAAAAAAAUCAACAAUUUCGAGUUUCAAACGACACUCCACGUUUACACCUUGAAAUUUGAGCGGGAAACUUUGAAAAUUCAAAAAAAAAAUGAAUUUUAAACGAUACUCCGCAUUUACACCAGGAUUUUUCCGGCGGGAAACUCAAAAAUUAAACAAAAAUAUCUGUUUCCAACGACACUCCGCAUUUACACCCCCAAUUUUCCGGCGGGAAAACUUCAAAAUUCAAAUUUCAGGAAGGCGAACGGCGAUUUCCCCGAGCUCCACCUCGAACUUUGAACGACUUCCAAUUUUUGAACCCCGAAAUUUUGACAAUGCAAAAUUAUGAGGUUCAAAUUAUCAGGUAGGCUGAAAAUUUCAGAAGUUUUUGGCUGAAAAUCUGGAUUUUUGACCUAAAAAAGCCUAAAAUCCACUAUUUUCAGUCAAAUUUCACAAAUUUUCAGCCAAAAAUCACUAUUUCAGACCGCCGGCCUUGUCGACUUCCGAAAUUUUCAACGAACCUCCGCCACUCUAUGUAUAUAGAGCAGUUCCAGCGCUGGAAAGUGAGUGAAAACUACGACACUCCGCCUUUACACCUCUCGAUUUUCUUGCAGGAAAACGUCGAUCUUAUUAUUCCACCAAUUCUGGCGAAAAUUCAAAAAUUUCAAAGAUUCGCGCCAAAUUCCAUCAACACAAGCAUACUGUAGUCGCGUGGCUUUUCGGAUUUUUGGCAAUUUCUCUAUGUGUAGCUGUUGUUGUGUGUCAGACGUGGAAAAUUUGA